AUGGUCUUAGCCGAACUCGGGUCGAGACUACAGGAAGCGUUAGCGAAGCUAAACCGGACGACGGUAGUUGAUGAUGAAGCACUCAAUGCUCUGCUUAAAGAGAUCUGUGGGGCACUGCUCCAGUCGGAUGUGCAGGUAAGUCUUGUGCGCCAACUCCGCGACAAUGUCAAGCUGGCUGUGAAUCUCGAGGACGUGAGUUCGGGCAUGUAUCGCCGCCGCCUCAUCCAGAAGUCAGUGGUUGAUCAGCUGGUACAGAUGCUGCAGCCUGAGGCUGAGCCCUACAAAAUGAAGAAAGGUCAGAGCAACGUCAUUAUGUUUGUAGGACUUCAGGGCAGUGGCAAGACUACAAGCAUUGCCAAGUUCGCGCACUACUACCAGCGUAAAGGCUGGAAGACCUGUAUGGUCUGUGCAGAUACGUUUCGUGCUGGAGCUUUUGACCAGCUAAAGCAAAAUUCUACCAAGCUGCGCAUCCCAUUUUACGGCAGCUACACGGAGGCCGACCCUGUUCGGAUUGCAGAGGAAGGUGUGGCUCAGUUCAGAGCUGAGAACUAUGAACUGAUUCUUGUGGAUACUAGUGGUCGUCAUAAACAGGAGACGGAUUUGUUUGCAGAGAUGAAAGAGGUCUCGGCGGCGGUAAAGCCAGACGAUGUCGUGUUUGUCAUGGACUCGACCAUCGGUCAGGCUGUUUUUGACCAGGCCAAAGCUUUCCGUCAGAUGGUGGAUGUACGCAGUGUGAUAAUUACCAAACUGGAUGGUCAUGCCAAGGGAGGAGGUGCUCUUAGUGCCGUGGCGGCCACCGGGUCGCCCAUCGUUUUCUACGGUACAGGUGAACACUUUGCGGACUUUGAGUCGUUUAAUGCCCAGAGCUUUGUGAGUCGUCUAAUGGGAAUGGGAGACAUCAGGGGGUUGAUGGAGGAAGUGAAAACUAGCGGCAUGCUCGACAAUCGCGAUGAGUUGGUCGAAAAGUUCCAGAAGGGCGUAUUUACGUUGCGUGACAUGUACAAACAGUUUCAGAGCGUUAUGAAGAUGGGUCCGCUGAGUAAAGUCAUGUCAAUGAUUCCUGGACUGCCUCAGGGCAUGAACGAGAUGAUGAACAUGGGCGGAGGGGAGGAGGAAUCUUCGAAACGGCUUCGACGGUUCCUCUUCAUGAUGGACAGUAUGACGGAUGCCGAGCUCGAUGGUGUCGUCCCGCUUUCGGAAUCGCGCCAGACGCGAGUUGCACGUGGCUCGGGUUGCCAAGUUUAUGAGGUGGAGUUCUUAUUGAAGUGCCACAAGCAGUUUGCGACUGUUGUGAGCCGCAUGGGAAAAAGUGGCCUUAUGAAGACGGGGGACGCCGCGCUUGGCAAGCAGAUGACCCGCAACCCGAACGCUGUGAUGCAGCAGCUUUCCAAGGUCAUGGACCCCAAGAUGUUGGCACAGAUGGGUGGACCGCAGAACAUGAUGCGGAUGAUGAAGCAGAUGAAAGGCAUAGACUCCAACUCACAAAGCGAUAUGACCCAAAUGGCUCAGGACAUGCCGUUUUAA